AUGGGAAACGUCGCUAGCAGACCUGAAGAUGGUGCAGCGCUGUGCCUCAGAGACCAAACAAGGUUAAUGAUCUCGUCCUUGACGGUCACAAAUUCACAACGUCGAACCGUCCUCCACGUCGUGCCAAACUCCUUUCCGGCGACAAGGGUGUCUGCGUCAAGGGAUUUUGGGGAUAAAAAUAUAGUUGAAUAUGUUCAGGACCCUGAAACGUCUUCUGGUCCCUCGCCGAACUUUUUACUCAAGCUUAACAACGACGACGAACUUCUCUUCAAAUUUGCCUUUGUUAUCCGACAGACCCAGCAGAGUGCAGCUGCAGGCAAUGGCGCGAAUGAUACGGGCAGCCCGAUAGACACGGUUGUCAACGGCCUUACAUUUGUAUCAGCAUCAACAGCUAAAGAAGUCGAGACUCUCGUCACUCGAGAGUUCCACGCGGAUCCAAAUUUACACAAGAAUGCAAACGUACAGCUAGUAGGCGAUUAUGCAACUGGUGGCAACCAGUCAGUAUCCUUCGAAUGGUCUUGGAAAUGGCGGCCUCCAAAGGUAGCAGAGGAUAGAGGGGGAGGCUGGAGGAAUGACUGCAGUUUUGUAGAGUAUGACCAACGAGCCCACCGCUUGAAUACGCUUGCAAGCUUCUCUUUCUGGAUUUCAAAUAAUCAGAUGCUUACAAGCCAGCCGAAUACACCAUCUCAAACAUUCAAUUUAGCACCUCCACCGAAGCCUCGACUCCCCUCUUCUCAAUCCAUUGACUCCAGAGUCAGUGGCACAGAGACUCGCGAUUUUGAUGACCCUCCAUCCCCAUACCUCGCCCCAAAAGAAUCUGCUUUACCAAUCAAUGUAAUACCAAGGAAGGACUUGGUAAAGGUGGAUGUUUCAUGCCAACGUCCGGGUGAAGACAUGAGCGCCACUGAAGACGGUCCCUUGUUCAGAGCUACAAUGAAGUCUCUGGAGCAGAAGACUGGCAGUAUGCGAACUCGGAUGAAGAAAGUCCUGAAGAAGGCAGAGGCUGCACACAUGGCACAAAUCGAUUGCAAUGAUGCAGUCCAGAGUUUUAUGGACGCUCUCCGAGAGGCAUCGGGCUCAAACGCAAAUGCAGUCCAGCCUGCUUUGGAGCACUACUUUGACAAAAUCGCCAGGGAAAUUUUGGGAUAUGAGAAGCAAAAUACCAUCAACCUUCAGAGAAUCAUCAUUGAUCCGAUGGCUAAAUUGUACAACCUUGAUAUCAAGCAGGCUGAAGCAAAGAAGCGAGAUUUCGAGGAGGAGAGCAAGGAUUACUAUGCUUAUGUAUCCAAGUAUCUCGGUCAACGACAGGACUCGAUGAAGCAAAAGAAGAAGACAGAACAGGAUACCAAGUACCAGACCAAACGUCGGGAUUUUGAGCUGAAGCGAUUCGAUUAUUCUUCUUUUAUGCAAGAUCUCCAUGGUGGUCGCAAGGAGCAGGAAGUGCUAUCUCAUUUAACGAAGUACGCCGACGCCCAGACGAGGAGUUACUUGGCUACGGCCAAAAAGGUCGAAGAACUGCUUCCUCAACUCGAUGCUCUAAAUACGGAAGUCCAGGAGGCUGAUAAGGAGUUCCAAUACCAACGGACUGAGCGAGAAGAAAAGCGGAGGAAUCUUGAAAAGAGUAGCGUCGCGUACGUUGAACCUGACACGGUUCCUGCUGUGAUGAUCCCACCCCCGACGUCGUACCCUACGACGAAUGGCGGCGCCGUCAUAUCCGACCCGGAGCUUGGCCGAGCGGACAGUACAGCAUCGCAGCUUAGACAAGUAUCUUCGAAUGGCCCAACGAUGCCAUCAGCCAUCAACGGCUCCAACACCGAAUUCUCAAGAUCGCCCGGAAGCCUCUCUUCGCCAUUUGGCCCCGUUCAUAGCCCAGGUGUGAACUCCAAGUUCAAGGGGAUUCGGGAUCUCGAGGAGAAAGAUCAUAGUCUGGCGACAAGCACCAAUGGGCAACGCAAAGAAGGCCUUUUAUGGGCGCUGAGUAAACCUGGCAGCCAUGUUGAUCCUAGGGGGCUGAACAAGCAAGCCUGGCACAAGUUCUGGAUUGUUCUCGAUGCCGGAAAGCUAUCCGAAUACAGCAACUGGAAGCAACGCUUAGACUUGCACAUGGAGCCUAUUGAUCUUCGGAUGGCGUCGGUUCGGGAGGCUCGCAACGCCGAGAGACGAUUCUGUUUCGAGGUUAUUACCCCUCAGUACAAACGGGUUUAUCAAGCAACAUCCGAAGAGGAUAUGAAUAGUUGGAUCUCGUUCAUCAAUAACGCCAUUCAAAGUGCAGUCGAAGGCAGAGACAUGCGGGAUGCGCCAAGGCAACCAGAGCAACAGUCUAUCCGAAGAGACAUCGGCUCAAUAUUGACCGGAAAGAGCUCGUCGAUGAACUAUGGAAACAACUACUCCGCCAACCAGAGUUCUGCCGCCGCCAACAAUGGCGUUUUCAGACGGACGACAGUUGGCGCUAGACCUGCAUACCAACGCCAAGGUAGCGGCGGGUAUGACGAGAGCCCCGACAAGCUGUUGCAGGUGCUACGAGAGGCGGAUCAGGGCAAUUGUUGGUGUGCUGACUGUGGCUCUGGUGUGAAGACGGAAUGGGUCUCUAUCAACCUGGCGAUCAUCCUCUGCAUCGAGUGCAGCGGAAUUCAUCGUUCGCUUGGAACCCACAUCAGCAAAGUCCGAUCUCUUACUCUGGACAUCAACUCAUUCACCACCGACAUUGUCGAACUCCUUCUCCUCGUUGGUAAUCGGGUCUCGAACAUGGUCUGGGAAGCAAAGCUGGACCCAUCAAUUAAGCCCCUCCCACAGGCGACUCGCGAAGAGAGACUGAGGUUCAUCACAGCCAAGUACGUCAACCGGGCAUAUGUCGAGCCAAUUUCAUCAAGCUCGUCGAGAUUUGCCACUGCAGACGAGAGCCUUCUGGCAGCUGUCAAGACGAAUGACAUCCAAGCAGUCAUUUACGCACUGGCACUGAAGGCAAACCCAAAUGUUCUUGAUAAAUCAAGAGGCGCUCACCCGGUAUUCUUGGCGCUUGCCGCUGCGGAUCCCGCGUCGCCAUCUCCCAUGGCUCCAGCCCCCCGAGCUGAGAGUACGGCGAAGAUUGUGGCAUUCCCAAUCGCUGAAAUGCUUGUCCUGAAUGGCGCCGAGAUACCUAGUACCAUGCCAGCCUUCCCAUUGAGUCACAGCGCUGCUUUAUACAUCGAACAGAAGAGUGGUCGAGGAGGUCCUGCACUGGACACAGUGGGCUCAUUGCCUGGUGGGAGCACUGCUGAGAGACUCGCCCGAGAACGUGAGAUUCGUCUUCAAAAGCGGGUCAGCGCUGGAGGGCGUCUUGCAAAGGCGCCAAUACCAGAGCGUAUGCACCGGAGACACAGCGCCGAUCUAAGGGGCUCUACGGAAUUUGGAUUUCUCUCAACCCUCCGCUCUGCCGAGUCUCUCCAACUGUGUCCUGCGUACGUACUACACCCAGCUUUUUCCAAGCAAAGCAAAGCAAAGCAAGGUCAAGGUCAAGGUCAAGGUCAAGGUCAAGGUCAAGGUCAAGAGGAAGACGGAGACGGAUCAGGAUCCCAUCCCAACCGGCAGCAGAUAAACGGUGCUCUCAACAACGAGCGUAAUGGAGGCGGCACGCAUGAUCCCGAGAAGCAGGAGCAUAAGCACGACUAUGCUCACGCCAAAGACAAAGUGAGCAAGGAGCAGCAGAAGCUGAAGGAUAAGGCGAACCCGCCGGGAGGCUAUGAUGCGACUCCCAUACCUUCUGCGCCGGACGGUUACACAAUUAAAUUUACGUUCCACCGCGCGACGAACCUGCCAGUUUCGGAUCUGCACACCCGCUCCUCCGAUCCGUUCAUUCAUGCGACAUUAACCUCUGGUCUCGCGAAGCGGCACAAGGAAGACCCGGACUUGAGUAUAAGGACGCCGACCAUACAUAGAAAUACGGAUCCGAAGUGGGACACUCAAUGGAUCGUGGCAGGCGUACCUUCGAGUGGGUUCCGCUUGAAAUGUAGACUUUAUGAUGAAGAUCCAUCCGACCACGAUGACCGGCUGGGCAAUGUGACGGUACAUGUCGAUCGUGUUGGGCCGGACUGGCAAGGUAUCAAGGACGAGAGGUUUUAUAUAGAGAAGCGCAUGGGGAGCAAGCGGGCCUAUCUGCUCCGUGGUUGCGCUGCGAUGCUCAGCAAUGUCCAUGUGAGCGGGAACCUCUGGCUUAGUGCUGAGUUAGUCGGCGAGUCUGAGAAGCCGCAUGGCAGGAUGUAUACCGUGGGCUUGACUUCCUGGGUAAAACACUAUUCCCCUAUGAUUGGGAGAAUCGCUGGAACGAAAGCUCCGGGAAGCUCAGAAGGUUCGCAAGAAGGAGGGCCGAAAACGGAAAAAUAUGAUUUUCAGGCAAAUGAGUUCCAAUUGGAAGGCCCUGUUCCAGCAGACUUAUACCAUCGUUUCGUUGAAUUCAAACCAUUUGUUAAGGGCAUGUUCUCGAAAGCUGGCCUGCGAGGACGAGUCCUUAACAGAGCCCUGCGCCACCAACACGCCUCCGUUUACAACUUCAGCAGCACCACUGAAUACGGAACUGUGGAGCCGAAAUCCGAAGAAGCGGCUCUUCAGUUCCUUAAGAUGGUUCACUACGACGAAGGCGGUCGAAUCUUCACUUACGUGCUGACACUCGACGGCCUCCUCCGCUUCACAGAAACCGGCAAGGAGUUCGGGAUUGAUCUGCUGUCCAAACACACCAUGCACAGCGACGUCAAUACCUACAUUGCCUACUCCGGCGAGUUCUUUGUUCGCCGACUCAAGAAACCCGAGAUAUCUGCUGAGGCGCCAGACCAAGAAACGCAUCCUGCUCAUGACCUUCCUGGUGGCCCACCUGACUCGCCUCCCCCUCAGAGCCCACGCAAUUACGAGCUAGUAAUUGACAACGAUAGCGGUACUUACAGACCCAAAGGCUCUCUCUUGCCACAACUGAAAGCCUUCCUUAGAGAGCAGUUCCCGGGCUUACAUAUCGUGACAAAGGAAUGUACAGAUGACAAGCUGAUGAAGAUGAAAGAGGGGCAGCGGGAGCGCAAAAAGAAGGAAGGAAAGACCAUCACGAUGGUGCAGCACUCGGAUGAUGAUAUCAGUUCCAGUGACGAGGAGGCACUGGACAACCAUAGCAAGAAGACGACGAAGCAGAGGGCGUUUGAUGCGCUUGAAGAUCCUGGGAAGGCGGCCAAGGAUAUAAUACACGGGGUGAAGGGCAAGCGCGAGAAGGAGGAGAGGGAGACGCUUGAAGACAGGGCUGAGGCUGGGGGUGCAUCGUGA